AUGUCAGAUACACCGACACUGAAGCAAUUGGACUGGAACAAGGUCCAUGAGCUCGUCAUCGAUCAGGCGAAUGAGGUGGUCGGAAAUGUCGACUGGUUUCUUCGAGACUCAAAUGUGUCUCUCUCCGACCAAUCGACACAGACACCCUCGUCUCCUCCCGUCAAACACCAUCUGGCAGAUCACAAUGCGCAACAUGCCGCGUUGGUCACUCCGUCAUCACCGCAUCUUCAGGUUCUGAAUACACACGAGAACAGCGUCUCGAAAACACGCCCGCUGGUGGCAGCAAUCCAGCCGGUUCUGACCAUUUCAGGCUCCGCUAUACCUGCGAGAGACCCUAAAAGGCGUGGAAGCGCAUCUAGUGUUGCGAGCACUGGAAGUGCGACCAGCAACGGCACGUCUGCGAGCGGAGGUCGCUUCUUCUCCAAAUUAAAGCAUAGACUCCAGAGAACUGACUCUGCUGCUUCCUCUGCUUCCUCUCCGGGAUCCCUCUUUCAUGGCGAGUACAAUCUCGAGACUUCGCUCAAGAACCAACCUUCUAUCAAUACCUCUCUCGACUCAAACUUCCUGUCCGACUCCUUUGAUCCAAAAAGUCCUCACUCUCCAGCGCCGCCAAUAGAGAACUCUCCCGUGGAAGACGAGGAUGCCUAUGAUGAUCCGCAAUUGCUGGAGUAUGUUCGACUCUUCAAAUACAAGGAUGUAAAACCAGACACAAAGGCAACUCAUUUGAAUAGUGUUCCCAGAACUCGCCAAAAUUCUUUGGUAUGCCCACAUCCCAAAAGCCCUAAGACUCCAGAGCCAGGUAAAUUCACAUCCCUCUUCAGACGGAGAAGUUCAGUGACAACUACGCUCCCAACAUCGCCAGUCAAGACCGCUGAAUUACCUAUGACCAUCCCUACAAGUCCUAUUGGCGAAAAACCCGAGAAAGAGAGUUGUCUGGAUAAUAGUUUGCCCAAUUUCAAGAAAUUGAAGCCUCUCAAGCAUGUUGCAUUCCAUUCGCUGACAUUUUUGAUAGAUCCUCCCCAACAAAUUCCUUCCAGAAAUCCUCGCAAAGGCAAUGUCGAAAUUUUGCCACUGGGUGCUGUUCGUGUCAACCCACUUACUGAGGCAGACAAGGAACAAAUGGAAAAAAGCUUGAGAGGCCAAGGCGGCGGAUUGGUUGUUGGAGGAACAGGAAACUACAGUUUAGCUAGGAAAGAACCAAAACCACCAAAAGAGGAAGAAAUCAAUCACCAAUCUACUGAAACAAAAAACUCUGACACUUCAGAUGAGGCUGAACCAGCGAUUGAAGCACAUGCUAAAUCUUUGGGGAUCGAGAAACCAACACAACGUUCCUCUUCCCGACAAGGCUACACUGCACCCGUCAAAAAGAUGGCUCUCGACCUCAUGUAUUCGCGUUGUUGUCAUUUGAGGGAAAUUCUUCCUAUUCCUGGAAUUGCAAAGCAGAUUCCCCAAGGCUCCAUGGCACCUCUCCCCUUCUUGCAAUUCCGAAACCCAACCCCUACAAUGAUUGAAAUCGAAACUUUUGCUGACUUCAUUCGCAUUGCUCCCAUAAUUUGCAUAUCUUUAGAUGGUAUCAGUCUCUCCUUUGAACAAUUGAAAAUCCUCUUGAGUGCAAUGUGUGCCAAAACUCAACUCGAGAAGCUCAGUCUCCGUAACACACCAAUGGAUGCAGAGGGCUGGACUCUCUUUUGUUGGUUCCUUUCACGAAACAAAGUUAUUAAUAAGCUAGAUAUCACACAGUGUCCUCCUUUGUCUGUGAUCAAGAAGAAGAAGAAAGUCAAGCCCGAAGAGGAAGCUAUUAAAAGAAUGGUUUGCAACAAAGAAAAUCGAUCGGACAUGGAUUGGCUUAUGUUCACUGCCUCUUUGAUUGCAAGGGGUGGAAUUGAAGAGUUGAUUCUUACAGGAUGCUGUAUUACGGACUUGAAAGUCUUCGAGACCCUCAUAAAAAGAUCAAUCUCGAUCAGGACCGCGAAACUUGGUUUGGCUUAUAAUCAACUUUCUCCUCAACAGUUCCAUGUUGUUUUCGAACACUAUUUCCUCUCAAGCAAAACAAGAGGACUUGAUCUCGGCUACAAUGAUCUCCUGUCGUCGGCUUUUCUCAAGGUCGUCAUUGAUAUGUACAAAAGGGAGGAUGUGCACGACAAGAUUGCUAAUUCGCAACUUGGUUUCUUGAGUUUGAACGCUACCAACUUACGCUUCAACUCCAUGUUCAGAGAAGUUCACGAAAAGUUUUUGGCAUGUCUACCAAACUUGAAGUACCUUGAUUUCUCGAACAACCCAAAGCUUUUUGGCAAUUAUCAUUCUGCAAGUGUCGCCCCGGAAUCUAUAGAGCCCAACUCUGGCCUGGCUUCCGAGCAAUCUUUUGACGAGUCUACAAAAACCCAUCCAAGCUUAGAUCAUUUCAACAGCUACUUUUGCUCAGUGCUACCUACAUUUAAGAGUUUGGUGCGGUUGCAUCUAGAUAAUAAUGGCUUGUCAUCACAGGAUCUCAUUAAUUUGUUCGAGAUCGUUCCAUUCUGCAAAAACCUCGCUUACUUAUCUAUAAUUGGCAACAGACUCGACAUCUACUCAGCAACAAGCCUUAUUGAAGGUCUAAAGAACGCUUCAUCCCUCAUGACCGUCGAUGGUGACUAUCUGGCAUUGCCAGAGACCUUCAGGGAACAAAUUGGUUCUUACUCGAUGAGAAACAUGGAGAAUUACUACAACAAGAACAUUAGAAAGAAUGCAAGUUCUCUGGAAAGUAUGGUCGGAGGUACUCCUCAAACACUUACAGAUCAACUCAACAAAUUAUUGUCUCAAAGAAACGACGAUAAAUUUGAUGUCAACCUGCCAGAAGUCCAGCUGUUUAUUGAGAAAACACAGAGAUAUAGACAAAAGCUUAAAGAAUCAAUCCUGGACCUUUUUGCAUUACAGUACAGCUCGGAUCUUAAUGUUGAAGGAAAGGAAGCACUCAUCCGCUUAUUAUUCGUGGACUCUUCGUUAGAGCGUGGUUUGAGAUUGAUUGACGAAUCACUAGUCGACCAGGAUGACAAUAUUACCACAACAGAUAUCCUCAACAUGAAUUUGGCUGAGGACGAAACCAAUGCUUUGAAGAAUUCGGCGCAUAGAAAAGCUGCAACGGACAAUUCAGAUCAAAUUGACACGCCCUCACGUGUUGAUACAGCUGCUCUUCCAAUAUCGCGUAGUCAAUCUUCAGCCACACUCUCUUCCCUCAAUAAAGAAGAAGGUGCUGUCAUGAAGUUGGCGCGUUUGGCUGAUAGGGAUACUUCGCUUGAGAAAUACGAUCAAUACUCUGGGGAAGAAAUUCGUCAAAAGAUGCUUACAUUUGACCUUUCGGACCUUGACAAUUUGAUUGAAACAAUCAAUGCUGCUCGUAAACGGGGCGUUUGCUUCAAAGAAGUCUUCAGUGACCUGAACUUCAUUAAUCAUUUCCGAGACGACUUGAAGCAGAGAAUAGAAAAUCUCAAGAGAUACGCCGCAACACUGAGCAAAGAGAAGGGGGCAGAGACCUUCCAAAGUCAGGACAUUGAUCUCUCGCGUUCAACAGAGAGCACAAAUAUCGAUGAUAGUAUGAGAAGCAAGAACAUGAGUGAGGCCUAUGACCGCAUUCUAAGCAAGUUCAACAAAUAA